AUGGUCAUCUCUGCCUCUCCCAGCGUGAGCCCCGGCAUGAAGGAGUCUUGCUCCUUCAUGGGGUGCUCGUGGGACAUGCAAGGCUUCUCUGAGCUGGAGGGUGAGGAAGAGCAUGACACAUUUGUCAUCAGUCUCCUAUGUGUCAACUGUUCUCAAGAGUACACAGAGCACCCCUUCAGGGGCGGGGACGAGGGGCACCUGAGCCCUUACUGCCGGAAGGGCAUCGUGUGUAACCUCUGUGGCAAACGAGGACACGCCUUUGCCCAGUGUCCCAAAGCGACUCCCUUGCCACUGCGGUAUAGCCUCAGAACCUGGACGCCCUCCUGGCCGGAAAGUUUGGGGCUGGGCACCAAAGCCAAGAGCAGCUCCCUGAAUGUCCGCAUCGUGGAGGGCUGGACGCUGCCCGCCAAGGACGUGUCUGGGAGCAGUGACCCCUACUGCAUAGUGAAAGUGGACGACGAAGUGGUGGCCAGGACAGCAACCAUCUGGCGAUGCCUCAGCCCCUUUUCUGGGGAGGAGUACACAGUGCACCUGCCCCUGGAUCUCCACCAUCUGGCCUUCUAUGUGCUGGACGAGGAUACCGUGGGGUACAACAACAUCAUAGGCAAGAUCUCACUGAGCAGGGAGGCCAUUGCAGCUGACCCCCGAGGACCUGAUAGCUGGAUCAACCUGAGCCAUGUGCACCCUGAUGCAGAGGUGCAGGGUGAGAUCUGCCUGGCUGUGCAGAUGCUGGAGGAUGGGAGGGGCCGUUGUCUUCACUGUCACAUGCUCCAGGCCAGGGACCUGGCCCCCCGAGACAUCUCCGGCACAUCUGACCCAUUUGCACGUGUGUUUUGGGGCAGCCAGAGCUUGGAGACUUCGACCAUCAAGAAGACUCGCUUCCCACACUGGGAUGAGGUGCUGGAGCUGCGGGAAAUGCCAGGUUCCCCAUCCCUGCUGCUGGAGCUCUGGGACUGGAACAUCGUUGGCAAGAAUGACUUCUUGGGCAUGGUGGAGUUCCCCCCGCAGGUCCUACAGCAGAACCCGCCCAAUGGCUGGUUCCACCCCCUGCCCUUUCCCAGAGUGGAGGAGGAUUCUGGGGGGAGCCUGGGUGCUCUGUGGCUGAAGGUGCGCCUGAUGGAGGACUGCGUCUUGCCCUCCCAGUACUACCAGCCACUCAGGGAGUUGCUCAUGGAGUCUGUGCUGGGGCUGGCAGAGGAAGACGCUGCCAGCCCCCUGGCUGUCCUGGAGGAGCUGACCUCGGGGGACUGCCACCAGGAACUUGCCACCAAGCUGGUGAAGCUCUUUCUUGGCCAGGGCCUGGCUGGGCCCUUUCUGGACUAUCUCACCUGGCAUGAGGUGGCACGGACCACUGACCCCAACACCCUCUUCCAUUCUAACUCCCUGGCAUCCAAGUCAAUGGAACAGUUUCUGAAGCUCAUGGGCAUGCCCUACCUGCACAAGGUCCUGAGGCCGGUGAUUAACUGCGUCUUCAAGGAGAAGUACAUGGAGCUGGACCCGUGCAAGAUGGACCUGGGCCGCACCAGGAGAAUCUCCUUCAAGGGUGCGCCCUCCGAGGAGCACGUGCAGGAGGCCAGCCUGGGACUGCUGAAGGGCUACCUGGGGCCCAUCAUGGAUACCAUUGUGGGCUCCGUGGGGCGCUGCCCGCCCACCAUCCGUCUCGCCUUCAAGCAGCUGCGCCAGCAUGUGGAGGAGCACUUUCCCCAGGCAGAGCACAAGGAUGUGACGAACCUGGCCAUAAGUGGCUUUCUCUUCCUGUGAUUCUUUGCUCCUGCCAUCCUCACCCCGAAGCUGUUUGACCUUCGGGACCAGCACGCAGAUCCCUAGACGAGCUGCUCACUGCUGCUGCUUGCCAAGACUGUGCAGAGCAUUGGAAACCUGGGCCAGCAGCUGGGCCAGGGCAAGGAGCUGUGGAUGCCCCCCCUACACCCCUUCCUGCUGCAGAGAAUUUCGCGUGUGAGAGACUUCCUGGACCAGCUGGUGGAUGUGGAUGGGAAGGAGGAGCCUGGGGGCCCAGCCAGGGCCCUGGGCCCACCCUCGGUGACCAUUCGAGAAGGCUACCUGCUCAAGCGCAAGGAAGAGUCCGCCGGCUUGGCCACAUGCUUUGCAUUCAAGAAGCGCUACUUCCGGCUCAGUGGGGAGAUGCUCUCCUACUCCAGGAGUCCUGAGUGUCAGACGCGAUCCUCUAUGCCGGUGUCGCACAUCCACGCCAUGGAGCGUGUGGACGAGGGCGCCUUCCAGCUGCCGCACGUGACGCAGGUGGUGACGCAGGAUGGCGUGGGAGCACUGCACACCACCCACCUCCAGUGGAAGAACGUGAAUGAGCUCAACCAGUGGCUAUUGGCCCUGUGCAAGGCCAGCGCCCCCAAUCCGGACAAGCUGGCCGCCUGGCACCCCAGUGCAUUCCGCAGCGCGCACUGGACCUGCUGCCUCCAGGCCGAGCACUCAGCUGCUGGUUGCAGCCGCACACACUCAGCCGUCACCCUGGGGGACUGGAGUGACCCACUGGAUCUCGAUGCUGAGACCCAAAUGGUGUAUCGGCAGUUGCUUCUAGGGCGGGACUGGCUCAGGAUGAAAUUCCUGGAGGAUUCCACCCUGGAUACGACUCCCGAGGCAGACAGAGAGAAGGGCUCCAGUGCCACGGAAGGGGCCUGUCCUGAUGCCCUGGCUCACCAGAGAGAGGCAGCUGCCCGUCUGCUGGAGGUGCUCGCAGACCUGGAUCAAGCCCAUGAGGAGUUCCAGCCUCAGGAGUAGCGGAAGGUGGCCUCAGGUCCCCUGAGGCCCUGA